AUGAGGGUGUUUUCCAUUCACAAGAUGUAUGUGAAGAUGAUGGGGCCAUUCCAGAAGGUAGCAUGGAGGAGACUAUGGUGUAACAACUUAGGACAUCGACUAUGGUGUAACAACUUAGGACAUCCCAAAUGGCUGUUCAUACUACUUCUUGAUGUUCAUGAGAAGUUGUAUACCAAAGAUAGAUUGAUGAGAUGGGGAAUUAUCAAGGAACAGACAUGUUCUCUAUGCACCACUACUGAUGAGAGCCUAAAACAUUUGUUUUUUGAAUGUCAACCUAGUAGACAUAUUUGGUACAAGUUAUUACAGUGGCAAGUGAUGAAUAGGCAGAUAUUACCAUGGCAAGAUGAAGUUAAUUGGGCAAACACACAUGAUAAAGGCAAGAGUGCAAGUUUAAUGAUAUAUAAAAUGCCUUUCUUUGGAUGCAUAUAUGUUAUAUGGAGGGAAAGGAACCAUAGGGUAUUUCAGGCCAAGAGGAGCGAAGCAGAUGACCUUGUUAUGCAGGUGAUUCAGGAAGUUUUUGUUAGAAGCAGAGGCAACACUGAGCUAGCUAGUCGAUUAUAA